AUGACUGACCAAGUUAAGGAGAAACGUCCCCUAGAAGAAGAACAAAACAUCGCCAAGACGAAUGACGAUGCUUCCAAGAACAAAAAGACCAAGACAAGAAGAAGAAGAAGAAAUUAUGAUGAUUAUGACGCUCAAGUGGACAAGCAAGAGAAGGAAACUAAGACUAAGGGUGUUCCAGGUGAUGACGACGAUGAGGAAUCCGACGCCGAUGACGAGAAACUAGAUAUGUUGAUGGGGAAGGACGUGGAUGAUGAAGAAGAGGACGAUUUGAAUGAGAUUGAUACCGCAAAUAUUAUUACCACAGGUAGAAGAACUCGUGGUAAAGUCAUCGAUUUUAAAAAGACCGCUGAGAAAUUAGGAACGGGCAACCAGGUGGCCGGUGAUGGAGACGACGAGGAGGAAGAGGAAGAGGAUGCGGAAUUUAAAGCGUAA